AUGAAGGACGUCCAGGGAGUGAGGGUUUUUCGAGAUUAUACCGUGGACGACCAAAUUGGGUAUGGUGCGUACGCAACGGUUUUUCGAGCAACACGACAGAGCGACAAGAAAAUGGUUGCAAUCAAAGAACUGAAAACGACGACAGAGAAUGAAGGCUUUUCCCUCACUUCCCUUCGAGAGAUUCAACUUCUCCAACAAAUCAAACACAAAAACAUCGUUGAAAUUCUCGAGAUAAUCGCUGAUGAGAAUUUUGAGAAAAAGAACACGCCCGUCUCCAUCGUUUUUGAGUAUAUGCCCCACGACCUUUCAACUUUAAUAAAAUAUGGAAAACCUUUAGAAGACGAAGAAAUGAAGUGUUAUAUGGUACAGAUAUUGACUGCAUUGCAAUUUUUACAUUCAAUCAGUGUUUUACAUCGCGAUGUCAAGACGAGUAACGUACUUAUUACGGAAGACAAUAUAGUGAAAUUGGCGGACUUUGGCCUGUCGCGACACGAAGACGAAGUUGGGACAUACACACCUAAAAUGUGUACAUCGUUUUAUAGACCGCCUGAGUUGUUUUUAGGAGAAGAACGGUACGACUCGUCAGUAGAUAUGUGGAGUGUGGGGUGUGUCUUUGCGGAGAUGGUGAAGAGAGAACCCAUAUUUAAAGGGCGAGAUGAUAUUGAAGUUCUUAAUAACAUUUGGGAUUUAUUGGGAACCCCUCAAGAGACCGAAUGGCCCGAGUUCAAAAAUAUGAAAGUCUUUAAGACCCUCCGGAUGCCGUCGGAACGAGAAUGCAUCUUCCAAACAAAAUUUCGAAGUAUUAAUUGUGGUCUUCUCGAAUUACUCGAAAAACUGCUUGCGCUCAACCCCCGGAAAAGAAUAACAGCAAGUGACGCACUGAAAGAUAAGUAUUUUACUUGUCAACCGCUUCCUCUUCUCCCUGAAAAGUUUGUUAAUAGUUUAGUAAUAAUAUUGUAUAAUUCAGUAUGGUAUUUUAUUAUUAGUAAUAAGUAUUAUAUUAGUAAUUAG